UUCACAAUUGGCUCAAGGCCAAUGGCCUUCACAGCCUGGAGAUUAACACUUGUGGGAAUUUGAAAGAAGAGCACUGUCCGGAAGGGAUAGUGAGGAUUUUUGGAGCGGAAAUCAGAGGUUCAGAGACCUGCAUCCUUUGAAUUGUAUUGCACAACGGCUGGAAGAAAUUAAGGAGGAUCAUUUUAAGGCUGUUUUUUAUCAGCCUUGGCUUAUUCAAAAGAGAAAUGAUAGAUCAGAGAUGGAUUCUGGCAGAAAUCCCUCAAAUGUAAUAGAGAAUCUUUGUGCUUCUAACUUGCCAAGCAAGAAAAGUUUUUCUCACAGUUUUAAUCUGCCGAUUAAUUGUUUCAAUUCUGAGACAGAUGGGAGUCUGCUAAGUCCACAAAGAAGAGCCUCAAACGAUUUAAAAAAUAAUUUAAUAAGCUCUGAAUCUUCUUCAACCAUGGAGACCUCUGCUAAAGAUUGAGAGGGUAGUAUAAAAUCUUCUUCAUUAAUGGAUCUCCAAAAGGGCAACCAUGAACUCACCAAGGAUCCCUAAGAGCAAAAUCUGAUCAAAUAAUUCGAACUCUCUUUCAGUCUCAGAGACCCCCAAAUCGAAGAAGGAAGAGAUUAAGAGCAACUUAGAGGAAGAAAAGGUAUUCACUAACUCUGGAUAUAAGAAAUCAGAAGCUUCUUCAGAAUGGUUAGAUCAAUUUUAUGCCAAGAUGGAGCAAUUUGCCAAACUCUUUGGUUUUCAAAUUAAGAAUAAUAUUAAACAGUUCUUUAAGGAUAUUAUUGAGAAGGACAAGGAGAAAAUGAAGGAGGCCUAUAAGGAACUAGAAACAAAGAAGAGAAAAAGUCAGAAUUCUGGGUCAAGAAAGAGGGUGGUCACAAUGAAUAAAGAGGAAAAUAAGGAAGAAAAAGAAACAGAUUCCAAGCCACCCCCAGAAACUAGAUCAGAUUUGCAAUACACAUCGAAGAUAAACUCAGUCAAACGAAUUAUGAAUGAUCUGUCUCUCUUGGAAGGGUUUGAACCUCGUAUUUAAAUCAAAAACAAAGAAUACACUCGAAGGCAAAGCACAAGUAUUUUUAUAUAGGUUCAUUCCACUUUUUUAUCCCUUUGGAGACCCUGAAAAAUCCAUUUCACAGGAGCAUAAGAAAGCCAGAGAUGAUUUUAAGGUGAAAUCACCUUUUCUUCUAUUUGCAUGGUUACUCACAAUGGGUCAUAAAUCGACAUCUGGAAAAAUGGUAGAAGAAUUAGAAGCCAAACUUGAAAAGAAUAGACUACCUAAACUAUCUGAAUUGAAGAAGCUAAUCGAUCUUAUACAGAAACAUGAGAUGCGUAAGAAUUUUAAGAAAUUUUGUCAGACGAAUAAAGUUACUGCAUUUUUAGAGAUGGAAUUAUUUGAUACACAGACAGGACUCAUGCCAACAAUGUUUAAGAGUGGUUACUCUAUCCCGUAACUAUAUGUGUUCAAACUUGAAUCGAGCAUGUAUGAAGGAUAGAGAAGCCAUUUCUUAUUGAUUAUAGAUUGAUUAGUUAACA